UAAACAAAUAAAACAUAAAUUGGAUGAAAAUAAAAAAAUACACGUUUACAAAAUUUCAAAAUCAAAAUUCACUGAAUUUUUUAUGAAACCCAAAAUUAAAAAAAAUUAAAAAAAUUUUAAUUAGAUCUAGACAUUGCCAUCAUUUACAGUCACAGCCAGCUGUCAUCUGCCAACUUUUUCUCGUGUUUAUAUGUUUGCUAUCAACUAUUAAUUGUUUAUUAAUUUACUGUCAUGUAAAUCAAAUAACCUACAUAUAUAUAAAAAAAUAUAUCUAUAAUUUUUCAACAUCAAUACCAAUAAUAAAUAAAUAAAAAUAUAUAAUUAAUAAUAACCUAAAAUUUAUAAGAAUGGAGUCCAAUAAGCCAAAUAUUAUUUUCCAUCCAAUGAUUUUAUCAAUUCAAAAAAUAGCGCUCUAUGAAACUAAAUCUAGAUUUUAUUUGAUGGGUUCGAAUAAUAAUUUAACAAGAUUCCGUGUUUUAAAAAUUGACAGGAUGGAGCCAAGAGAAUUGGUAGUUGUUGAUGAUAAAAUGGAAUAUACUCAUGAUGAAAUAGCCGAUCUAGUCACAAUGAUCGAUAUCGGUAAUCGCAGUAGUAAUAGUAACAGUAAUAGUAAAUUAAUCGGCCAGAGAAAUAAAGCAAGUGGUGUAGCAAGAAUUGUAUCAGCUUUUGGAAUCGUUGGUUUCGUAAGAUUUUUAGAAGGCUACUACAUUAUUCUUGUGACAAAACGUCGUAGAGUUGCAGUAAUUGGUCACCAUACGAUUUAUAAAAUAGAAGACACAUCGAUGAUUUACAUUCCCAAUGACACAGUCCGUGUUUUUCAUCCUGACGAGCAACGUUACGUCAAAAUGUUCCAGAGCAUUGAUCUGAGCAGUAAUUUCUACUUCAGUUACUCCUACGAUCUGACUCAUACUCUUCAGAAUAAUCUAGCACCGCCAAAACAUAUUUUUAAUAAUAACAAUAAUAAUAAUUUAAAUGGUAAUCACCAAAAAACUGAAAACUCCGAUAAUAAAAACCAGGCAGCUGAGGAAGAUGACGAUAAAUUUAUAAAUAUGUGGACACAGUCAACAUUUAAAAACAAUGGCAGAAAAAUAAUUGAUUAUGGAGUGCGCAGUAAUCCGAACCGCAGAUUUGUGUGGAAUAAUUAUUUGUUAAGUGCAGUAGAGCGCGAUUUGCAUCGUGACUGGAUCCUCUACAUAACCCACGGGUUCAUUGGUCAGUCUAAUGUCUGUAUUUUUGGCAAGUCGAUCUACAUAACGCUGAUUGCUCGUCGCAGUAACAAAUACGCGGGAACUCGUUUUUUAAAACGAGGCGCGAAUUCAGCAGGCGAUGUUGCAAAUGAGGUUGAAACCGAGCAAAUAGUUUAUGAUUCUGCGGUAAGUUCACUUUAUAGCGGACGUUUUACUUCAUUUGUUCAAAUGCGAGGGUCAGUUCCAGGUAACUGGAGUCAAGAUAUCAGUAAAAUGGUACCCAAGCCAACGAUAUCUUGCGAUUUAUCAGAUCCAUUUUAUGAAAUAGCCGGUGCUCAUUUUAAUAAAUUACUAAAACGUUAUGGUACUCCUACUAUUAUUUUAAGUUUAGUUAAAAAACGUGAGAAGAAAAAACACGAGAGUACAUUAAGUGAAGAAUUGACAUCAGCAGUUAGAUAUUUAAAUCAAUUUUUAUCACCUGAAAAUCAACUCCAGUAUGUAAGUUUUGAUAUGGCGCGGAUGAAUAAAGGCAAGGAAGCCAAAGUUAUGAGUCGGUUAGCAAAUAUUGCCAACAAUGCUGUGAUAAAAACGGGUAUUUUUCAAUCACAAGUACCCUAUUACAGUCAGAAAAAAUUAUUUAUCGACAAUACGUUGCCUUUAACAAGAAAAUCUAACUGUCAUGAUGACAAUACUGGUAGCCAACCAGUUUAUGAUAAAAUAACUGAGUCAUUUAUAAAACGCGGCACAUUACAAACGGGAAUAAUACGUACGAACUGCGUCGACUGUCUUGAUCGUACGAAUACUGCGCAAUUUGCUAUCGGUAAAUGUGCACUAGGUUAUCAAUUAUGCGCACUAGGUGUCUUGGACUCGGCGAAACUUGAAUUUGAUUCUGACUGCGUAAGAAUGUUGGAAGAAUUAUAUGAAGAUCAUGGUGAUACUUUGGCACUGCAGUACGGCGGUUCACAAUUGGUCCAUCGUAUAAAAACUUAUCGUAAGACGGCACCCUGGACCAGUCAGGGCAAUGAUAUUAUGCAGACACUGAGUCGAUACUACAGUAACACAUUCAGUGAUCAAGAGAAACAACACACGAUAAAUUUAUUCUUGGGUCUGUUUACUCCAGAAGAAGGUCGCGCGCCGUUGUGGGAAUUAUUGACUGAUUAUUAUUUGCAUCACACCCCGGUUUUGAGGCGGACUGAUGACCGACGGGGUGCUAAAUUACUGACCCAGUGGUGGGACAACAAGACGAUUAGAUGUCUGCCGUACGCGUAUGACGACAUUGAGAAAACUUGCUGGGAAAUGGUCCAAGUUGACAACACGCAGGAAGAAAUGAUUGACGUUUAUUCCGAUUAUCACCGUCCGUAUGAACUGGUACCGCUUUCGGAGAUGUACGCCUACCAAAUAAGCCACUCGAUAAGAGAUUUCAUGCCGCAUUUCACCACAAACUUCAGUCCCUUUGCGGUAAGAGUAAGACCAGGCAGAAGAAGAGAGGAGACGGGUAAUAAACGCAAUGGUAGUAUUAAAAAUCCAUCGAUGACUGGACAGAGCAGCACGAGUAGUACGGCUUCGAGUGCCAGUUCUAGUGUUGAUACCAGUUCUGAUGACGAGGAUGAUGAUCUGGUGGUCGUACGUCAUCAGAGAAGCGACUUGUCUGCCAGGGAUGCCAAUGAUGUCAGUGUCAGUUCUGUCAGUUUCGAGGCGCUCUUUCCUACGAUGAAAGAAGUCUAUGGUGUAGAGCUGGAAAACCCGAGACGCAGUGACGUGGUUCUGUACAAGAGGUUCGUUAUGAUUGGACGUAAUGCCGCGGGGUUUAAAGAUCAUUCAACUAGUAUCCAGAAAUCUAAAAUGGUACAGCAAGCGACGUUUCCGGAUGUUGUUAAUUUUAAUAAAAAACAAGUUGAUUAUUUCAAGCUGCCUAAAGUUGAUGACACUAGUGUCAGUAUUUAUGAACAAUAUGUACAAAGAGGAAAGAAUGGCGGUUUCAUUCCAAAUCCAACGGACAUGAUUCUUUAUGAAAAAUAUACUUAUGAAAGUAAAUUAUGUCUCGGAAUUUAGUAAUAAUUAUAAAGAAUUUGUAUAUAUUUAUGUAUAUUUAAAUGAAUUUUUGACGAUUGUAUUUUAUUAUAGUAAACUGUUAAUAAUCGGGCGUGAAUUUGGAGUGAUUACGGAUUUUAUUUAAAUCCGCAUUCACUCCGGAUUUAAUCUGCAUUCACUCCGCAAAUUUUGUACAGUAAAAAGUUUAAAUUUAAAAUAAUAAAAUAAAAUAUG